AUGACCUUUUUCGAAGAUAGACAAAUUUUCUUGAGGACAAAAUACAUAGAUCCUCACGCGGAUCCCAGCUUGUUUGCCAACACCCCCGAACGAUUAAAAGCUGCAAUCGUUAUACUGGUCAGAAACAGCGAACUAGACCAAUUGUUGCUUACUCUUAAGCAGUUUGAAGAUCGCUGGAACAGGAAAUACAAUUAUCCUUAUGUCUAUCUAAAUGAUGUACCUUUCACUGAAGAAUUUAUAGAAAAAACUUCUGCCAUGACAAUGGCUAAAACUUAUCACGCCACAAUUCCCAAGGAGAUGUGGAGCUAUCCUUCAUGGAUUAACCAGACAAAAGCGGAAACCACACGUGUGCAGAUGGAACUCGAUAAUGUACCAUACGGAGGAUUAGAAUC